AUGGAAAACAUUGUAGUUUUCUCUCCUGAUAUCCCAAAAAAUUAUACGAAUAAGGGAUUUGAAGAUUUCAUGGCCUAUCUUUCAUCUUUUCCACUUCACUAUGCUCUUGUAGAUGUUCCUGAUUCUUUUCUUCCACAACAUGUUAUUGAGUUAUACUUCACUUCUACCUUCACUGAUGCUGGAGUAAUUGUUGGCACUGUUAAUGAUGGAAUUCAUACGAUUUUAGUGACUGUAAUGGAUGUUCGAAGAUCCCUACGACUCCCAAUUCGUGAUGAAUAUUUUCCUCUUUUAUCUAUAGAUGAAUGUCAUGCUGUUCUAGAGAAUAUGGAUUAUGACUUUGGGAAACAAAAGGAUUACAUUAUUCAUCGUCAUUAUCUUCCUUCAACCUGGAAAUUUCUCAAUGGUGUCCUAGGAAAAUGUUUCACUCAUAAAAUGAUAUUUGAUCAAUUUGCCGAAAUUAUCCAAGGUAGUAAAAGAUCUCCUCAUGUUCCAUAUUCCAGAUGGUUGACACUAAUCCUUCAACAUAUUGGUACUAGUUGUGAUGAUGAUCAAGCUGAAGAUUGGACUCACUCCUUGACCUCAUCCAAGUUGUUCAAUCAAGAUCUUGAUGAUGAAUGGAGCAUUACAAAGUGGAAUGAAACUCACUCAUUGUCAAACCAACAAACUGCAGAAGACACACAAGUAGACACUGGGAAUCUCUCUCAUUAUGAUAAAGAUGCAAAUGCUGUCAAUGAGAACUUAGACGCUGGAAAUAAUUACAAAAGUCAGGAUACAAAAAUGGUUCAUGUAUUUCCAGAUCAAGCCAAACAAGCAAACUUACAAGAUCUCAAUGAAUCUGAAUCAAUUCGACCCAACAAACACAUUCAAUUUGAGUAUUCUUCAUCUGCUGAUGAAGAAGAUAUUGUUCUCGAAAAUCCUCCAACUCAACUAUCUGAUCAACAAGGUAAUGAUGCUGACACUGAAUACAUCUUGGAGACUUCUCCAUGUGAUCAAGGUUUUAUAUAUUUUGCUCGUACUUCCUCUCCUGCUAGUGAUCGAACACCCUAUUUCUCUCUCCAGAGAGGCCUACAGUUCAACAUGUCUCUACUUCCCUUAUUCAACCCGAACAACAUCCGAUCAUUCAACAAAUUCCUCUUACUGUUCAAGGGGAUCAAACAACCAUUCAAGGGGGAGAUACUGCCAACAAAUCAAGCCCAUAGUCACUACACUGAUAUAAAGACUGAUGAUGAUGGCAAUCAGUCUCCACCUGGGGAUGACCAUCAGCCACCUCCUGACUCUAAAAGUGUGCCUCCUCCUCAGUCUGAUGAUGCCAAAAAAGGGAAGAAUGACGCUAACAUUGGUACAAGUAAUGUUGAAGAGGACAUUCCCGAGUCUGAUGGUGAAGAUGAAGUCUACUGUAUGGAGUUGUCCUUCAUGGAUGUGAAUGUGCAACCUCUUCAGGAAAUAUUUCUUGACACUGACACCUCUGGUGCUGAUGAUGAGGGGGAGCAACAUAUCCCUCAAGGGGAACCAAGUGACGUUGAAUCAAAUGAUGAUCUUCCCUUGAACAAGAAAAGGAAGGCAAAAGCUGAUUUUACUUCUGACGCUGGUCCCUCUAAGAAGAAACACAAAUAG